UGGAAAGAGAAAGAGAAAAUUGGGUGUCCGGCAAUUGAUCUUCAAAGUACAGAUUGUAAAACCCUGUGUUUAUUCAAUUAACACAGAAAGAAAAAAAAUGGUGAGAGCUCCUUGUUGUGAUGAGAUAGGAUUGAAAAAGGGUCCAUGGACUCUUGAAGAAGAUCAGAUUUUAAUCUCCUACAUUCAAAAAUAUGGCCAUGCAAAUUGGCGUGCGUUACCGAAGAAAGCUGGUCUUCUAAGAUGCGGGAAGAGUUGCAGACUGCGAUGGGUAAACUACUUAAGGCCUGAUAUCAAGAGAGGAAACUUUACUUUGGAAGAAGAGGAAACUAUCAUCAAGCUGCAUGAAAUGUUAGGGAAUAGGUGGUCCGCAAUUGCAGCAAAAUUACCCGGAAGGACAGACAAUGAGCUAAAAAAUGUGUGGCAUACUCACUUGAAGAAGAGACUUAAACAAUACCAGAUUAAACCAGUCACCAAACAAAACCCCAAGUCCAAACCCAAAAUCAAAUGUGAGUCGUCCGAUAAUAUCAGCACAAUCCAAUCAGAACCUGGAAACUCAAGUUCCAUUCCAGGGCAGACCCCGAUGUGGCCUCAGCCAUCAUCAAGUGAAGUUUCUUCCAUUACAGAUGUCACCACAGCUACAAGUGAUCGGGAAGUGAACAACAAGGCUAUGAAGGCUGAAAACAUGGAGUACUCCUGGGAAUAUUUUCCUGAAAUUGAUGAAAGUUUCUGGUCAGAUGCACUGUCUUCGGAUAAUUCUAGUGCACCAGUAAAUUUUGGAGGAGUCUCCGAAGAAUUUCAAUCUCAAGUCCCUUCAAGUUCAAUUGAUCAUGUCAUGGAGCCUGACUAUGGAUAUAGUCAAAAUCUUGAUGAUGCAAUGGAGUUCUGGUACAACCUGUUCAUUAAAGCCGGAGGUGAACAAGAAUUAAUUACAGAAUUCUAAUGAUUCUUUAAUUGGAGUAGUAUUUACUUUUUCCUUUUUUGACUAAAAGGCGGGCAGUACUUAUCCAAGGUAUGGACAAAAACCUGUCCCCAGUCCAAAAGUUAGAAUCGCCUCAGUGACCAAGAAAGAGUGUCAUUCAAAAAGGAAAAUUAUCUAUCCCCUUGGAGACUUGGUGGUGAAGGGCCAAAUAGGAGAAUAAAAGAUGAAGAGAAAAGAUUGGCACAAAAAUUAACAGUUCUGUUUAGGAAUUCAAAGCAAGACUUUGGGAUGUUGUUGAAGUAGAUGCUUCAAAUAUUAACUAGUUGAGGCUCAUUGAAAUGAUGAAAUUAGACUGAUGAUGAUGUCGAAAACUUCUAAUUUAGUUAUAUAGUAAAUGAUCUGUUCCUGUAUUUACAAAUCUAAAUUUAUGUGCUUAUAAUAAUGUUGAUCUUUUAUUGAUUGUAUAAUGAAUAUUUGACAUUAUUCAAUUUGGUCAAAGUAACCGGAAUGGUCCACACAUGCAUGUUUGAUUUUCACAAGUAAUCUAUAAAAGUUAAACAAAGUUCUAACUUUCAGCUGCUCCAAUGUGAAUCACACAAAUAUGUUAUUGAAGUUUACAUGUGAAAAUUCAUCCCACUUCAAUUAAUAUACAUACACAUUGAAUAUUCAAAAACUCGUUAACUUAAAAUUUUGGGUUCUUUUACUUCUAAGGGGUUUAAAACUUUCUCCUCCACAAGCAUUUAUGCAAUGAUUGGAGCAUAUCUUUUGUUCAAAAAAUAUGAUUAGAAAAAAAAUUUUCUACUCAAUAUUGAAAUGUUGAUACCUUAAUUCCC